CUACACGCCAUUCACCUCCCCAUGAUGCAACGGGAUGGAGGUCCUGCCUGCUGCACUAAAUGACCUGAAAUAAAGACUCCGGCUCCGUUCCUUGACAGACCGCCUUGUCUGUAGCAUCGUCUCUGGACUCCUGCGGCCUGCUUUUAAUCAUUUUAAAAAAAAAUCCCAAACCCUUGUUGGAGUGUCGUCUUUUUAGGAGAAACAGGCUUCCAGGGAUGGAGUCGAUGCCCGGCCAGCUUCGAGACGCUGGACGAGAGGCCAGCUCUUCCCCCAGUUCAAAGCACGACGCGGCGAGCUUCUCCGGGCCCAGCCCCCUCAAACCGAACCAAGUGAGUGAGACCGCCCUGUACGGGGUGCCCAUCGUAUGCCUGGUCAUAGACGGCAAGGAGAGACUCUGCCUGGCGCAGAUUUCUAACACGCUCCUGAAAAACUACAGCUACAACGAGAUCCACAACCGCAGGGUCGCUUUGGGCAUCACCUGCGUGCAGUGCACCCCCGUUCAGCUGGAGCUCCUGCGGCGCGCGGGGGCCAUGCCCAUCUCCUCCAGGCGCUGCGGCAUGAUCACCAAGCGGGAGGCCGAGAGGCUCUGCAAGUCCUUCCUGGGCGCGCACAGCCCCCCGAAGCUACCGGAAAAUUUCGCGUUUGACGUGACCCACGACUGCGCCUGGGGAUCCAGGGGCAGCUUCAUACCCGCCAGAUACAACAGCUCCAGGGCGAAGUGCAUCAAGUGCAGCUUUUGCAACAUGUAUUUCUCCCCGAAUAAAUUCAUUUUCCACUCUCAUCGCACCUCAGAGUCCAAGUAUCUGCAGCCGGACGCGGCCAACUUCAAUUCGUGGAGACGUCACCUGAAACUGACGGACAAAAAACAAUCCGACGACAUCCACCACGCGUGGGAGGACGUAAAGGCCAUGUUUAACGGGGGGAGCAGAAAGAGGACUCUGCCCAUGAGCGGGUCGGGAAUGUCCUCGUCGAUGAAAUCGCAGGCCUCGUCCAGCCUGGCCCAGAGCAGCUCCCCCGAAAUCCCCCACAAAACUUUACGGUGCGACGAGGAUCGGAGAAAUAAUAACCUGGGCCUGGCGAGCGGCGCGCGGACCUACCCGGUCAUCCCAGUGCCCAGCAAGAGCUUCGGCAUGCUUCAGAAAAUCCCCCCGCCUCUGUUCCCGCAUCAUCCCUACGGCUUCCCUGGCUACGGGCUGUGCCAGAAGAAGAGCGACGGGGUGCCCGAUGCGAACAAAACCGGCGUCCCCGGCGUGUUCUGGCCCGGCGCAAAGGACGCCCUGUACCCCGCGUUCCCCAUGUUUUGGCCUGCAGCUGGCGGCCUGCCCAUGCCGCCCUACUCGGCCUCUCCGCCCAAACCACUUCCGGAGCUGCCAGGCGUCGCCCGGCAGGCAGACGUCGACCUGUCGGACCAAAGCGACCGCGGCGCGAGCACACCCAAAGACGCCAACCACCACCCGCACCACCCGCAGGACGGCGCGGAGCGCUGCUCCAGCGCCCAGUCCUCCUCCGCGAGGAACGACGAGGACAAGUCCGGGGACGAGACCCCCCAGAGGAAAAUCGGCUACAUCUCGGCCUUCAGACCCGUGGUGAAGGACGCGGAGACCAUCGCCAAACUCUACGGCAACCGGGACAGCUACGGCGUGCGCCCUGGUUACCUGUCCCCGGAUUUUAUCAGCGAGAGCUCCAGCUAUAGAUCGGUGUCACCGGACAGAGACAGCGUGGUGGACGACGACGAGGACGACGACCCGGACGUAGACGUGGAGUCCAAUCGGGCACAAGACGACGAGGAAGUGAUCCAGAUUUCCCCGGGAGGGGCCCACAAUGACUCCCCUGCGCCGGACCGGGUCUCCCCUGGUGCUGAGGAGAGCCAGGAGCCGCCGGAUGACGCCAGCCCCGGACCAGCAGCAGCAGCAUCAUCAUCAUCACCGGGGGACUCCGUGCACACCGGGUCGUCGGAUGAGGACGGACAGAAGCGUAAUGGCUCUCCUCUUCAUGAAGUGUACUCUCAUGAAAAGGACCGCCACGUGCUCCCGACCGAGCCCUCGCCGUUCGGCUCGAGACACUCGAGCAGACCCAACGGUUUCCAUCACGUGUCUGAAGCACAGAACCAACGCAACGCGACAUCCUUCCAGGAGCACAAGGACCGACAAGCCGAUGGAGCUUUACGCAUCGACAUCAGCUUGCAUGAAAGAGACCUGGAGACCAUGGCUAAAGAGGAAUUGCAGAAGCAGCUUGCGGAACAAGUGGAGUUGAGGAAAAAGCUGGAGAGAGAAUUUCAGCAUUUAAAAGAUAAUUUCCAGGACCAAAUGAAGCGUGAGCUGUCCUACAGAGAGGAAAUGGUCCAGCAGCUGCAGAUUGUUCGAGAAGCUCACGACGCCCUUCACCAUUUCUCCUGCAAGAUGCUCUCUCCUCGUCAGUGUACCGGAGCCUGCACCUUCAAACCGCCGCUGCUGCCUCCCUAGCCGGGGGCCCGGCCUGCCCCCACCCCCACCCCCCACCCCGCCCCCGACCUGCACCUGACCCCAGAUCAGCUCAGCCAAAAAAAGGAAAAUACAAACACAC